GUUAUAUUUACCGUUUAGGUUAACUUAAUAAUUAAUUAAGAAAAUGAAUCAAGCACCAAAAAUACUUAAAUUAAACGAAUCCGUAAUAAAUAAAAUCGCCGCGGGUGAAGUAAUUCAACGCCCGGCGAAUGCGUUAAAAGAGAUGAUCGAAAACUCCUUGGAUGCUAAAUCAACGAAUAUCCAAAUAAUCGUCAAAAACGGCGGGUUAAAACUACUCCAAAUCCAAGAUAACGGAUGCGGGAUACGAAAAGAAGACUUUGAAAUCGUUUGCGAGAGAUUUACAACGUCGAAAUUAAAGGAAUUCGAGGAUUUGGGAAAAAUAGCUACGUUUGGGUUCCGCGGCGAAGCUUUAGCCAGUAUUUCCCACGUUGCGCAUCUCACGAUCAUUUCUAAAACGAUUUCGGAUAAAUGCGCUUAUAAGGCUUCGUACGAAGAUGGGAAAAUAAAAAGUGGCCCCAUUCCUUUCGCAGCGACUCAAGGAACACAAAUUAUCGUCGAGGAUCUAUUUUAUAACAUGAAUGUGAGAAAGAGGGCUUUAAGGAGCCCAUCUGAAGAGUAUAAUAAAGUUUUUGAGGUUGUUUCGAGAUACGCCAUCCAUAAUAAUCAUGUUGGAUUUGGGCUAAAAAAGCACGGCGAAACGAACGAUAUAAAAACAUCGCUAAAUUCGACGAAAAUAGAUAAUAUUCGAUUAAUUUUUGGGGCGGAAAUUGCAAAAGAAUUGGUUGAGGUUAUGUUGGAGAAUGAAACUUAUCGCUUUAAAGUUAGUGGAUGCGUAACUAACCCGAAUUAUUCAACGAAGAAAUUUAUCUUUUUGUUGUUUAUUAAUAACCGCUUGGUGGAGUGUCAAAGUUUAAAGCGAUCAAUCGAUCAAGUUUAUGCAACAUAUCUCCCAAAGAAUUCGCACCCCUUUGUUUAUUUAAGUUUAGAACUUGACCCCGCGUCUGUAGAUGUUAAUGUGCACCCAACUAAACAUGAAGUACACUUUUUUAAUGAAGAUCAAAUCAUUGAGUUAAUAAUAACAUCGCUUGAAACGAAAUUAUUGGGCUCAAAUAAUUCCCGGACGUUCUAUACAACCGGAAAAUUACCUAAAAUAACUUUAAAAAGUGAAGAUAAAACUUUGUAUCAAAAAGAAUUUGUUCGAACUGACACAAACGAGCAAAAAUUAACAAAAUUUUUUGGUCCCACAUCAACAGGGAAAGAAAAAUCUCCCAUUAAAACGACAAAAUUGGUAGAUACGAGUUUAUCAGAAGACGUUUUUGAUAGAUUUAAUAAAGAUUUUAUAAAAAGAACCGAAAGUUUAGAAAAAGAAACAAAAAAAGAUCAUCAUUUAUCGAAAAUAUCCCGAAUCGAAAUAAAAUUAACGAGCGUUUUGGAACUUCAAAAAGAAAUCGAAGCGAAUUCGCAUAAAAAUUUAAGGGAGUUAUUCGCGCAACACGUUUUUGUUGGAUCAAUUAACCCAAAACAAAGUUUAAUCCAAUACAACACAAAACUUUUUUUGUGUAACACAAAAAAGAUAUUGCAAGAACUUUUUUAUCAAUACAUUAUGUAUAAUUUCCAAAAUUUCGAUAAAAUCACCUUGACAAAUCCUUUACCAAUUUACGAUUUAUGUUUGUUAGCUCUCGAUUUAUCCGAAGUUGGUUGGACCCCCGAAGACGGCGAUAAAACCGAAUUAUCUCAAAAAGUCGUCGAAAUAUUAUCAGAUAAAGCUGAAAUGCUCGAAGAAUAUUUUUCGAUGGAAAUUGAAGACGGAAAAAUUAAAAGCUUACCUUUAUUAAUUGAAAAUUAUCUUCCUGAUAUGAUCGGCUUACCGGUUUAUAUCUUGCGAUUAGCUUCCGAGGUUAAUUGGGAAACUGAAAAAGAUUGUUUUAAAUCAUUCGCGAUUGAAACGGCCGCUUUUUACUCGGAGUUGUAUAGCGAAGAAAUUAAUGAAGGGAGUAAUUGGAGGUGGGUGACGGAACAUGUUUUAUAUCCAGCUAUUAAAAAAUUCUUUUUACCACCAAAAAAUUUUACCGAAAAUGCUAGUGUGUUACAAAUUGCAGACUUACCGAGUUUGUAUAAAGUUUUUGAGAGGUGUUAACCUUAUUUUCUUCUUCAUUUUUGUAUUAAAACGUUUAAUUAAGUUAUUGAGAAAUAAAAGUGAGGUUAUGUUGA